AAAACCUCAGUCACCAACCCACACUCUCCACACCUCGAAAGCUCACACAGAGAAGCAACUCUGCUAGGACCAGCAUCCUCAAGCACAAUGAAGCUCCACACCACCACCACCACCAUGGCUCUCCUCCUGCUGCUGCUCUUGGCCUCCUCAUCCCUUCAAGUUGCCAUGGCUGGAUCAGAUUUCUGCGACGGCAAGUGCAAGGUGCGGUGCUCGAAGGCGAGCAGGCACGACGACUGCCUCAGGUACUGCGGCGUGUGCUGCGCCUCCUGCAACUGCGUGCCGUCGGGGACGGCCGGCAACAAGGACGAGUGCCCCUGCUACCGCGACAUGACCACCGGCCAAGGCACUCGCAAGAGGCCCAAGUGCCCAUGAUUUUACUACCCAUCCAUCCGUGAUGGUCGAGCUGCUACAUAUGCAUGAAUGCUUUUCCAUGGUCGAUCAUGGCAAGCACGCUUGCAUGCCCUAUGUGCUUGCUGUAGCUAGGUUGAGCAGGUUGAGAUCUCGACCUGCAGCAACCAUCAUGUUCUUGGUUUUUUUCCUUGUUUACUGCUAGUUACUAUGUACAUGAGGACAUAUGGCGUCGGAUGUGUAAUGUAUACAUGCCUGGUGAUAAUAAUGGUGUGUGUGUGUGCGCUGUAAUAAAAAGUGUUGGCUUAAUUGGAGUA